UGUCAACUUUUCUCGCAAAUAAAAACGUUGAAAGCAGAAUGUUAGCAUCGCACAAUUUACGAUAAGCGUGUAAAAAACCACGUUCGACAAAUUACAUAACAGUUAGAGGAUUGUUUAAUUUGAUUGUUAAUUUGACUUGAGUUGACAAGGCGUCGAUAUGUUUUUGUUAAGCUUGCUAUCUUUGGAUUGGGUUGUUACGGGAUGUAUUAUGGUACUUGUAUUUUAUUUGACUUCUGUUUAUAUGAGGGACAGGAGACUUCGGUCAUUUUUGCCGCCCGGUCCCGUGGCUUGGCCGUUAGUCGGAAACCUGCCUCAAAUCAUCGGACAGGACCUGCAUAUAGCGCUUACUAAUCUUGCUGACAUGUAUGGAAAUCUAGUCUGGAUGAAGAUGGGUCGUGAGAAUGUUCUUGUGGUCAACAAUAUGGACGCUGCAGUAGCAAGUCUGGUACGACAAGGGAAGGUUUUCUCCGGACGACCGCGAAAAAGGAAGACAGUAGAGGUUCUGUUAGGAGAAGGUAAAGACAUUGUGAUGAAUGAUGUUCUCCCAGAACUGAAGCUACACAGACGGAUUGUUCAUUCCUUUUUGUCAUCGCAAACUCACUCUGAUAAAGACAGAUUGAAGCUUAUUAUCAUGAGAGAAUCAAAAAGUUUGGAAGACAAAAUGAAGACAUUUUCUAAUGAGAAUAUCUCGUUUGAUCCCAAGUUCCAGGUGGCGCGGGUAGUAGCCAACGUGUUGUGUCAGUGUAUCCUUAGUAGAAGGUUUGAUGAUGUUGACGAACAAUUUCACGAGCAGUUGAGGAUAGUUCAGGACAUCGUGGAUAGCAUAGAAAGCUUCAACAUUGUAGACGUUAUCCCAUGGUUAGAGCAUUUUCCAAUUCCCAGUUGGCGGAGAUUUUUAACAAGUCUGGAGAAGAAAGACAUUUGGAUAAACCAAGUGAUCCAAGAACAUAAAGAAACACGCACAGAAGAAAAGGAUAGAGAUUUAGUUGACAUAAUGUUGAAAUUGCAACAGGAGGCCAUAGAAUCAAAAGACGAGGAAGAAAUUCGUUUACUAUCGGACACAAAUAUAGGCCAUAUUGUACACGAACUGUUCGGCGGGGGCAUUGAGUCUACCACUAUGACUAUUUUAUGGCUCAUGUUAUAUCUGAUUCAUAAUCCACAGUGGCAGGAAAAAAUCUACGAAGAAAUCCAAGAAAAUACAGAAGUGGGAGAAGACCCGUCUCCUUUUGAUCGGGCGAAAUACCCGUUGCUAGAGGCAACUGUAAAGGAGACACUGCGCAUGGCAUGCAUACUUCCGGUUGGAUUCCCUCACAGAACAUUAACAGAUACAGAACUAAAUGGUUAUUACAUCCCAGCGGACACCAUGGUACUGAUGAAUAUCUGGGCGAUACAUCACGACAAACACGCCUGGAGGGACCCAGAUACCUUCAACCCAGAACGAUUCCUGUGUAAACAGUCGGGAGAAAGAUACAGUUACCUGCCCUUUGGUAUUGGACAUCGUGUGUGCCUUGGUUCAAACAUUGCCAAAAUGUCUGUUUUCUCUUUCUGUGCCAGCCUUAUCAAAAACUAUAAAAUCACUGUCCCAGACGGGGCUCCUUUGCCAGACAUGAAACCAAACGCUGGGCUGACCAACCGACCGAAACCUUUCGAAAUAAAGCUCAUCAAACGCUCUUGAACCUCAAGAUGUAUUUUUAGUACUGUUUUAAUCUCCGGUGAAAGAUUAAACGCCACACCCAUUCCCAAUUGUUUUCAAACUGAAAGGAACUCGCAGACAUUUCCAAGAUUCUAUCAUAUUUACCACAGAAAUCCAUAUGGACACUUAUUUAUCUUUAAACUUGUGACCCUCCUGUCAUUUGGGAGGGUCCUUCUUUCGUUAUUGAACAACAAAGGGCAGCAUUUAUAUUUAUUAUGUAUGUACAUGUUAUAAAUAGAUUACCAAACUUUGAUAUUUUUUAUGUUUUGUGUUAUUGUUGUCAAAUGUUUAAUUUAUUAUUUGUGCUACAUUGUAUUUUUUGUAAAGCUUGUGUUAUUAUUUUAUAUUUUUUCCUUGACGUUAAGUUUCGAAGAGACAUAUUAUUUAUUCGCAAUAUUUUUUUUCACUGAUUAUUUAAAAACCUUUUUAAAAAACCCUUAUAUUAAUUACAUUGUAUUAUGUAUAUAGAGUCAUGUCAUUGUUUUUUAACCAAAGACGAUCACUCGUGAAAUUUAUUUAUUAUGCCAACAGCUUUUUUUCCCAUCCAUCUUCGUUAUCGUUUUUCAUCAUUUCGUGCAUUCCAUAUAUAAUGUUAUUUAUUGUUGUUGAAUAUAAUUGAAUAA